CUUUCCGUUCAGGAUGGAGGGACAGGCGGUUGCUUUAAUUCCUUGGGACUUCCGAGGGAAGAAAUGGGCAGAUCUUUUCUCCUAGCCACGUUGUGGGGGGCAAUUCCCAGGCCGCUUUUCGACAUUCUACUCUGCAGUUACAAAACAGAUAUAGCAGUCAUUCUUUGCGUUACUUUGUUGGACAUGUUUUCGAUUGCUACGGAGAUAAUUGGAGGAAGCAGAUUGGCGAUGUUAACGAGCUACUUAGCUAACUAGUUAACUAUCCAGUGCACCAGAAUGCAACAGUGACUGAUUCUGACCUUGAUUGUAGUGAGAAAAAAUACCACUGUUGUAUGUGGUGAAGUCAGGGUGUGAUGACAUCGUCCAGUGGGCCUCGGCGGCAGUCCCGUGGAUUCGUCCUCCGCACGCAUCACUUGACCAUCCCCUCUUAAUCCCCUGGACAACCAGCGUUCUUUCUUUAUCCCAGUCACACCACUCUUCCACUGAACUACUGUAUAUACCCAGCCCAUCUCCCAGCGAUUAACCAACUCAGCAUACUAGUACUUAUCAUCCACCCAUCUAAGCUACAACAAGUCCUACAUUCUUCUACCCCGCAAUGGACCCCAACACUACUGCUACCGCCAUCGACGAGACCCCUCUCUCCGCAUCUCCAGAACGUCGCAGUUCCUUGGAGAAGCAUCUCCAGAGACGGCCUGACGUGCAGGAUCUCAAAGAUAGACAUAUUCUGCUGGAUACGAAUGUUGCUCCAUCCCUCCAAGCAACCCGCCAAGAACUUGCCCGCCAACGCACCACAGACGCCCUGAAGAAACAUCUUGAACAUCGUCCUGAGCGGGAGGAACUGGUUGAGCGAAACAUCCUCCCAACCACCCACGCCGCCCCCGCACUGCAGGCCAACGCCCGCGAACUCGAGAAACAUAUGUUGGCUGAUCACCUCGACCAGAAGAUUCAGAAUCGACCCAAUCCGGAGGAUUUGAUCUCGCAGGGCAUUUUGACGGAGGAUGAGGAUCCGAGGUUUCCAACUGUUUAGGGGAGGGGAGGUGGUAUGGUAUGACUGAUGAUGGAUGAAUGGAUGGAUGGAUGGACGGAUAUGGUGUUUGGUGUUUUGUUUUGAUUGAUUUGAUUUGAUUUAACUUAAAUGCUUCUGAUUGAUGAUUGUUUGAAGAUAGUGAGGACCCAGUUAGUACACUCGUACACGAUUGAUGAGGUUAUUGUCAUGGUUAUUUCAGAUUCAAUGUGCAUGUACAUCAUACAUCAUCCUGGAUCUCUCUCAUCCAUGUCGAAGAUGGACACGAGUAUGCACAAAUCCGCUCUCUACCUCCCCAAAUCCAUAAAACACCAUAAAUCAAUACUCAUCCUCACCACCC